AUGAGGCCGGCAGCGGCGGUGACGCACGACGACCUGUCCCUCCGCAAGGCCCAGGAGCGGCGGGCGGGGCGGUCCGGCGGGCAGAUCGCCGUCGCGCUCGUCGCGCUCUCCGUGCUCUGCGGCCUCGUCAGCUUCAUCCUCUGCCUCGCCGCCGAGGGCUCGCGCUCCGAGGUGUCCAACUACCUGAUGAGCGUGGGCGCGAGCGCGGGGCAGGUGGACGUGUGCGUCUACAACAGCAGCGGCCGCUCGCCGCUCGGCUUCGCCAUCGGGGCCUUCCUGCUGCUCGCCGUCGCCAUGUUCGCCGUGCACGCCUACAUGCUGCUCGCCGUCGCGGCGCCGGACUCGGCGGCCGCGGGGCUCGCCGUGGCCGAGGACCACCCGCGCGUGUCAUCCGCCACCAACACCCUCACCUGGCAAACCUGCUGCCUCUUCUUCAUCACAUGGAUUUGCUUCGGGCUCGCGGAGGUGCUGCUCAUGAUCGGCAUCGGGGUGGAGUCCGGGCAUGUCAGCGACUGGCGGAAGCCGCGGCAGGUGUGCCACCGGGUGCGUCCGGGGAUGUUCGCGGCGGCGGGGAUACUGGGCCUCAUCACCGUCGUCGUCGGCUUCGUCGUGUACGUCACCGCAGUGCAGACGCAGAAGCUGCGAGCGCGGCACGACGGUGGCCACUUGGCCGGACACGGCGCGCCUUACCCUGGCAGCGCCCCCUACCCUGCACCAUACCCGGGCGUCCAGCAACACCACCUGCAGCCGCCGGUCUCCUACCCACCACACCCACAUCCGGCGCCGAAUGCCCCGGAGAUCACAGCGGCAGCAUGCCAAGUGCAAUCCAGCAACGGGUGGAGCAUCACCAAGGAUGGUCGACAAGUGCAGAGAUAACGUACAGUGCACGUAUUCUUUUUCGUUUAAACCAUUGUUUGAAUAAUUUGGAUUAACAUUUGAUUAUACGUAUGAACAAAUUUGUUUGUGAACAAACAAUAUGUUGAAAUUAUAGAACAGGGCAGUA